AAUGCGCGUUACCUUCAGCAAGAAAUCUGCAGAGAAGCUGCGCGCCCCCUUUACGAGUUCGUUGUGGUUUCGCAUUCUCGCUGCAAACAAUGUGAAGUUGUGUUAUUCGGUGCUUUUUUAAUUGGACAAAAAGGAAGACGAGACGUCGCUGGGAAAACUGCGCUACGUUCGCUUACGUUGGAGUGUUAUUUGGAUUUAUUUCGGAAACUGACGGAUGGAUUCCGGUGGCUAACGUUUUUUCAGUCAGGAAAUUCACUGCGUUAAACUUAAUUUUACUUUCCACUGUUGAGCAUCAGGAUCAAACCUUUUCGGAAUGUUGCUUCCCGUGUCCUUCUUGUGAGUUUAUCUACCUUGCUAACAUUAAAAAAUUGCGGGUGUGUCCAACUCCUGUUGAGUUUCAGCCUAGGCGAGUUUCGUGUCAGUGUAUACAAGACAGGACCAGAAAAGGGGGGGAAGUUAAGUAAUGGAACCGUCAAAGUUUCUGUGCGAUGCUUUGUUUACUUAAGUUUCCGAUUCUAAUUUAUGUAUGAAUAAUAUAGAAAAUAGUUUGGAGUAUUCUCACAUUUUAAAACAACCCGAUUGUUUUUACCCCCUCGUAAACUGGAGAGACGGUGGUUGAAAGUAUUUUCUGAAAGAUUUGGAGAAACUCCGUUCCUGCUGGUAUAGCCUAUAGCUAUGUCAGUUAAGCGUUAUAUGACGUUUUAAAUGUAUUUUAUUUUUAUGACUUUUGCUAACUUGGGCUGUUGCUGUAAUAAGUAGCAUAGGUAAUCAUAGCCCAUUUAGUAUGCAUUUUCCAUAAGCUAUUUAUUAAAAUAUACUUGGUAGUGACUGCGAUUAGCUUUAUGCAUAAGGAUAUGUAGGCUAUAGCCUAUAUUGCCUGAAUAUCCUUUGUAAUUAAAUAAUAACUUUAGUUGUAUUUUCAGCACGAAGCUGAUUGGGUUUUAGUCUGUAAUAAAUUAAGCCUGACAUUUGAUUUACACUUUGAAAUAAUUAUCUAUAGUUAAAAACAUUUUUGUUGGGAAUAGCCUAUUUUGAAAACUGCUCAUGUGUUCGGAUAGAAGUGAAACAAUAACAGUUUCGUGAGAAGUGGGGAAGAGACAGAAAAAAAUCUGCAAACUUAGCAGGAAAAGAGGCCAUCGAAAUCACGGAAACCGCUUCGUCCGUUCCCUCGAGUGUACAGUUACAGAUGGAUUUCAUAAAAGCCCCGCUGUUACUGCUACACCUUUUGUGUUAACUUUCUUUUAUUAUUUACAUCGUUUGCCCUGGUCAUCGAAUGCAGCUCCGAUUAUUCACAUUGUUUCCAUUAGAUAGCCUACGUUGUUUUGACUCGUUGCCAGCAAACGUGCUUGGAUAUUGCCAGUGGACAUGUUUCCGUUUUUCAGUUUUCUGAUCAACCUUAAGUUUUCCUAGUGAGUGAAAUCUGGCACGUGUUUUUCUAUUUAUGAAGCAUUUUAUAUCCUUAUAAAGCAUUAAUUAAAAUCGAGAAUUGGCUAUGUUUCCUUAGACGUCUUUGAAUGCAUAAUGAGCCAUCGUAAUCUCGAGACAAUCUGCAUUUCAAUUUAGAAUCAAUUGAUUUUGUCUGCUUUCUUGCUCCUACGUAACACUGACUUCGACAGACACUGGAAGUGUUAUGUCGCUGGAACCCAUCUUUGUCGUACAAUGGCCUCUUUGGCAUCUAAUUUUUGGAGUUAUUGCCAAAUGUUAAUGUCGAAUAAGCCCAGCAAGGAUUAUAACUGAGAAUGCGCGUCCGGAGUUAGCAGGAUUCUCUCAUUUGCUCAACACCUCAGUUGACGUGAAGACAAAAAGGCACACAGAGAAGAGGUCAACGACCCCUCUACCUGCAACAGUUCGUUGAUGGGUUGCAUUCAAGAGCGGAGCUCCUGAAGUUUUCCACAGUUCGGGAAGGUCGACACACUCCACCAAAAUGAACGAGCGGCAGGCGCUCCACUCCAUCAUGAAGGACCUGGUGGCGCUGCAGAUGACCCGGCGCCAGCCCCUGCCCGGGUACGACACGGGCAAGCCCAAGACUGCCAGCCCCACCAACCGACAGGUGAGCCCCGCCCUGCGCCAGCCCCUGCCCGGGUACGACACGGGCAAGCCCAAGACUGCCAGCCCCACCAACCGACAGGAUGAUGUCAGAAUCAAGUUUGAGUUCAGCGGGGAAAGAAGGAUCCUGAUGUUUGGACGGCCGGUGCAGUUCGAUGAGGUCAAGCAGAAAGUGAAGACCGUGUUUGGCCAGCAGCUGGACCUGCACUACAUGAACAAUGAGCUGUCCAUCCCCCUGCGCAGCCAGGACGACCUGGACAAGGCCAUCGACCUGCUGGACCGCAGCUCCAACAUGAAGAGCAUCAAGAUCCUGCUGCUGACCCAGGAGCACAACAACGCCCCCUCCCCCUCCCAUGGCACUGUCUGCAAGCAGGUGCGCAUUAAGGCCUCUCAGUCCACUGGUGAUGUCAACACGGCCUACCAGUCCUCCGAGCCCAGGGGGCGCCAUCUCUCCAGCAGCUCCCAGAACACGGGGCGCAGCUCCCCGCCCCCCGGCUACGUGCCCGAGCGGCAGCAGCGCAUCGCCCGCCAGGGCUCCUACACCAGCAUCAACAGCGAGGGCGAGUUCAUCCCCGAGACCAGCGACCAGUGUGUGCUGGAGCCAUGGAGCAGUGCGGAGAACUCUGUGUCAGGCAGCUGCCAGUCGCUCGACAGCAACUCGGACAGCCCCUCCUUCAGGAAAUCCCGGAUGCACAGGGCCAAGAGUUACCCGGACAACCGUCAGGAGUGUUCAGACCGUGAGAACCACAUCUACGAAAAGGUGGUGGCCAAAGGAGGAACGUAUCCGCGCAGGUACCAUGUGUCCCUGCAGCACAAAGAUCACAGCGAAGGCCGGCGGACCUUCCCGCGGAUCCGGCGGGCGCAGGGGAACCUCUUCACCCUGGUGCCGUCGCGGCGGGCCCUGAACGACAGCGAGGAGAGCCUGGGCUCGGGCUGGCAGCUGGCGGACGCGCAGGGCCGACUGCGCCCGCAGGACCGCGGCAGCGUGCCCCACAAGUCCCCCAGUGCCCCUUUAACAUGGAGGCGGGGCAAGCUCCUGGGGCAGGGCGCCUUUGGGAGGGUCUACCUGUGCUACGACGUGGACACCGGGCGAGAGCUCGCCGCCAAGCAGGUGCAGUUCGACCCCGACAGCCCGGAGACCAGCAAGGAGGUGAGUGCUCUGGAGUGCGAGAUCCAGCUGCUGAAGAACCUCCACCACGAGCGCAUCGUGCAGUACUACGGCUGCCUGCGGGACCACAACGAGAAAACCCUCACCAUCUUCAUGGAGUACAUGCCCGGGGGGUCAGUAAAGGACCAGUUGAAGGCCUAUGGAGCUUUGACAGAAAACGUGACCCGGAAGUACACCCGGCAGAUACUGGAGGGCAUGUCCUACCUACACAGCAACAUGAUAGUGCACCGGGACAUUAAAGGUGCCAACAUACUGCGGGACUCUGCUGGGAACGUGAAGCUGGGAGACUUUGGAGCCAGCAAGAGGCUUCAGACCAUCUGCAUGUCAGGCACCGGCAUCCGCUCCGUCACCGGCACCCCCUACUGGAUGAGCCCGGAAGUGAUCAGCGGGGAGGGCUAUGGCCGCAAGGCAGACGUGUGGAGUCUGGGCUGCACUGUGGUGGAGAUGCUGACGGAAAAGCCCCCCUGGGCGGAGUACGAAGCCAUGGCGGCCAUUUUCAAGAUCGCCACGCAGCCCACCAACCCCGUGCUGCCGUCCCACACCUCGGACCACACCCGCGACUUCGUGCGCCGCAUCUUCGUGGAGGCCAAGCACCGGCCGAGCGCCGAGGAGCUGCUGCGACACCCCUUCUCUCAGAUCCUGUGCUGAGGCUCGGGACUCUCGCCUGUGACGCUCAAACCCCCCCCUGCCCCUCCCCCUCCCCCUCCCCAGGAACCACCGCAGCCACGCCUGCGCCGCUUCGCCACCGGAGAACAGGGGAGCGAAACCCGGCGGCGAAAGAGACACCGUGCGUCUCCAGCUGUCCACACAAGGGGGCACCGUGAACUUUCGCAAGCGGCGAGAAGCAGGUUGACAAACUUUACGUGCCAGAAGGGAGCAGUUGUGGCCCAUUUGUCCCGGAAAGGCUGGAUCGUGUCUGCUUUUGACAGACUCCCUUUGUGGUUUUCGAGGAUGGCCCUUGCUCCCCUGUCCGUUUAAGUGCCUUAGUUACCCACAGAUCCUUGCUGCUGGGGAUGCGCUCGAUUGAGGUGACAGCAUCUGCAAGGUGGACGGUGUACAUAUGUACAUAUUUAUAUUUGUCGCUUUUCGUAUGUAUAAAAUGGCUAAAGUCCCAAAGCUAGCUGUUUGGCUUCAGCUCUGUGGCCCAGGUGGGCUCAGUCAGUGUUGCCAGGUGUGCGGAUACAUACGCAGUCUCCGUUAUGUCCUCCCGUCCUCUCACCAGUCAGAGACUUCCCUCGCUGCUGACACAGCUUUGCACUCCAAUAUGGCAGCCCUCUGAAAUAAUCUACGGAUAUACUAAACGUCGUUUCUUCUUUUUAUUCAUUCCUUUAUUUUUUUUUGUUUUUAUUCCUUUUCAUUUAUUUAUUUUGUUACAAUUGGCAACUCAAGUAGGAUGAGACCCAAAGUAGGAUCAAAGUAGGAUUUUUCACCUCAGUCUCCCAAGUCUUUCACUUGUGUGCUAUCCUGACCCCUGUAUGACACGUGAGCACCCGACUGCAUCGUCCUGAAGGUGGGGCUGUGGUUACUGUGGUGUACUGCGUUCAGCAAGCAGCAGAGGCAGGGGUCCUGAGACCUUGCCUACCACAGCCUUACAGCGGAUGGAUGACCGUGCCUUAAACCCCUUUUCUGUUCGGCAUUCCUCUAUCACAAAGAAAGACUAGAGGGGGCUGGGCCUGCUCGCCCCCUUGCAGUCCUCUGCUUUGUUUCUUCCUUCCUAAGCUCUCGGGAGUAAGGUUUUCUCCGCAGUCUUAAGUGCCGAAGAGUCUCACAGAAAGACGAGAGAGGGAAGCAGAGAGCACAUUCUCUCCCCUGACGACCAAAUGACCGGGAAAGGUGAUCAAAUACAGAGUCACGUUAAAUGAGUGUUUGCUCUGUACCGAGAGGUUUUCUUUAAGGAAAAAUAAGUGUUUUGAGUAGGCGCUUCAGAAAGCCACCUAUGUACUGUCCAUUUGAUGGAAAGGGCUAGUUUAUUGAGACUAGCCCCUCUCGUAUCAACACUCCAUUAACUUUAUUUUGUUUUCCGUGUGUGUGUGUGCCUGUGUGUACAUGUGUGUGUGUGUGUGUUAUUUUGGUUUGAAAUGCACUUUUUUGAGUAAAUGAAUGUUUCCCUUUUUUCAUUCUUGUUUUUUCUGUUUCAGUCUUUUAUCAUUUAAUGUGAAGUUUCAUUUAUUUAUCUCCCCUUGUUCAUUAAGUGGAUUUUUUUUGCUAUAAAUAUACAUGUCUAAAUAUAUUUUUUAUAUAUUGACUCUAGACUGUUUUAAAUCUAAUGAUGCCUCUAGAAAAUGACAGAGAAAUGAAAUUGUUGAAGCAGCUGGUUUUGCAGAGAUUCCACCAUGGAUUUAUUAACAGUAUAAAGGUCCAGGUGAGAACACACUCUGAAUAUCCUGUUCACUCUGUGUUGUGCACAUAUGCCAUGGGUCAGUUAUAAUGGGUCUACUCAGCCCUGUAGGACUAUAUUUCUAUAUUGUCUACAGUCUUUUUUUUCACCCACUUCUCUCGCCCUUCUCUUGUUUGAACCAUUUUAGCUCCCAAUUUUUGAGUGCUGGCUAAAAGAUGGAAAAUAGAUUAUAUUUUUCCAGAACCAAAAAUCAAGUUUUGUUCAGAGCAUUUCAUUGGCAAUACAGAUGCUGUAAUUCCUUGCGAUUAGGGAGUCUCUGCUCUGUACAGUAGUAAUGGCCAAUUGAUUCAGCAAUACUUACCCUAAAACCAGAAGGAUGUGGGCUCAAAUCCUAACUAUGUAAUAUCGGAGAUUUCUUUUAAUAGAGACCCACCACCACUCUACUUAAGUGUUAUUAAAAGGGGACAAGAGUUCAGAAGUUGAACCGUGCAGAACCGUACAGGCAAAACCUGAAUCUGCGGUCGAGUCCCCCGCCACAGUUUCCGACGGAGCUGAGCCAAUCGGGAGAUUUCAGAGUGUGCUUCCUUCCACCCGGCGUGACGAUUUUGUUUAGCCCAGGGCUUGUGUGACGGAGCCCCUCCCACUCGGAGGCCAGAGUUACAGGGGCGGAGCAAUGCGUCUGUCUCUGGGCUGAGACGCAUCAUCCCCUGGAUAAAACUAAUGUUGUGUGGCUGCUACAUUCAAGGGCAAAUGAUCAGUAUUACAGAUGUUCCAGUGAAAUCAAACCAAAGGAAUGCCUUUUUUGCACAAGAAACCCUGGGGUAAUCAAAAGAAUAUGAACCAGUAGUUUAUAAUGUAAUAUGAAUAUAUGUAUAUAUAAUAUGUAUAUCGACUGGGGACUUGCAGUGCAAAGUCCGGUGUAUCAAAUUUAUUUACAAUAAAAAUGAAUUAUAUGUUUAU